AUGUUUCUAUUAAAUCACUCUAAAUCAUUGGUGAAUAAAGUUAUCCCCAAUGGAAAUGAGAAUAGUAAUAGACCUCCAACAUUGAUUCAAUUACCUAGUACAUAUUUACCCAAUCCAUUAUCACCAAAAGAAAUAUCUAGACGAGGUACAAUACUGUCACCAAAAAGUAAAAACAAUAACAAGAAUGUGGACACUUACUUUGAAAAUGAAACAAAAUCGUCAAGCAAUCCUGAAGGCGAUAAAAUAACUAAUGAUUCAGAACACCACAUUCAACCAACUUUGAGAAAGAAAGGUUCAUCAGUUAAACGAAAACGAUCACAUAGAAAAAAAUCGGAACAAAAUGAUAGUCAAUCAGAGCAGCCCACAUUUAAUGGAGUCCCCAAUUCCUCUCCAGUGAAAUCUGAAAGCGAUCACUCCGGCAGAUCUGACCCCUAUGUGUUGAACAUUUUUGAUAAAGGACAUACCUUGAAUGCUUUGGAGUGGAUGUUAAUUUUAGUCAUCUUAUUUUUGUUAUACAAACUAUAUAAUACGGGCUAG